AACGUGCGACGGUGUGUGAGUUUGACCGGAGUGGCGGGGAAUGGCCGCGAAUCAUUCAUUUCACAGCAAAUAAACGGUUUAAACACUUUAAUAAUCACGGUAGAGUGUAUCUGGGUGAUUCUGUCACCGUGUAUAAUGACGCAGUCGGUUGUUAUUCAAGUGGGUCAGUGUGGGAACCAGGUGGGCUGCAGAUUCUGGGAUCUCGCGCUCCGAGAACACGCACAUGUCAACAAGAGAGGAAUUUAUGACGAGGCGCUCAGCAGCUUCUUCAGGAACGUUGACCCAAGAAUAUUAAUAGUGUGUGUGUGUAGGAGAAGUGAUGGAGGUGGUGGAGCUCCAGGAAGCAGAAUUACAGCACUGAAAGCUCGAGCAGUGCUGAUAGAUAUGGAGGAGGGUGUUCUCUCUCAGGUCCUGUGUGGACCAUUGCAGCAGCUUUUCAGCUCCACUCAGCUCAUCAGCAACUCAUAUGGCUCCGGGAACAACUGGGCAGUGGGACAUCAUACUUAUGGUUCAGUUUACCGUGAGCAGAUUGUGGAUCAAAUCCGGCGAGCAGCAGAACACUGUGACUGUCUGCAGUGUUUCUUCCUCAUUCACUCCAUGGGGGGAGGGACUGGCUCAGGCUUGGGGACAUGUGUGUUAAAGCUCCUGGAGGACGAGUUUCCUGAUGUGUGUCGGAUGGUCACAGCGGUUUAUCCCUCUGCUGAAGAUGAUGUCAUCACCUCUCCAUAUAACAGUGUACUGGCCAUGAGGGAGCUUACUGAGCAUGCUCACUGUGUCCUACCUGUUGAGAACCAGUCUCUGAUGGACAUUAUCAGUAAGAUCCAGUUGAUGACCCACAGCAGUAAAUCAGGCAGCAUGGUUAAGAAGGACUGUACCAUUAUCUCAGGGAAAGGGGGGGUGUCGCAGUCGGAGAAACCAUUUGAUGGCAUGAACAACAUUGUGGCUAAUCUGUUACUCAACAUCACCAGCUCCUCUCGGUUUGAAGGUUCUCUGAAUGUGGAUCUGAGUGAGAUUGCUAUGAACUUGGUCCCGUUUCCACGGUUACACUACCUGGUGUCCAGCCUCACACCCCUCUACACACUCGCUGAUGUCAGUGUUCCCACACGCAGACUGGAUCAGAUGUUCAGUGAUGCUUUCAGUAAGGAGCACCAGUUGAUGACCUCUGACCCCAGGCGUGUGGUGUACCUGGCAUGUGCGCUCAUGCUCAGAGGAAAUGUCCAGGUGUCUGACCUACGCAGGAACAUCCAAAGACUAAGACCCACUCUGUCAUUUGUGCCGUGGAAUCAGGAAGGCUGGAAGACAGGUGUGUGUUCAGUUCCUCCAGUAGGACACACACACUCUCUACUGGCUCUCGCUAAUAACACGUGUGUGAGAGCGUCCUUUACUGAGCUGAGAGAACGCUUCACACGACUGUACCGCAAAAAGGCUCACCUGCAUCACUAUGUGUGUACAGAAGGGAUGGAGGUGUCUGGGUUCAGUGAGGCUCUACACUCUCUCUCUGAUCUCAUAGAGCAGUACGACACUUUGACCUCGCCCUCAGAGACACUUACCCACAAUGCACCACGCCUCUCCAUCGCCACCUAGAGACCGCCGCUACACGUUCUCCAGCAGGUCUCCACCCACCUGGCGCUGGUGUAUACACCUGUCUGUCACUCACACUAUUACAUUGUGUUCUCUUUACACAGAUUUAUUUAUUUAUUUAUAUUUGUGUGUAAAUAUUUUUCAUAUGAAAUAAAUCAGUAGUGUUUACAGGAUUCUGUACAGUAAUCUCAGGGGUGUGUUUUUAUUAAUAAGUGGGUCUAUCAUGACAAGAC